AAACAAGAAUUAGGAGAUAUGAGCAAAUGUUGCCUGGAAAGGUGGGUUGUUGUUCGUCAUGGUCAAAACCUCAGCCAAUAUAAAUUAGAGAACCAACGUUGGGAAAUAAGCGAAAGAUUAGUGAGAGAGAGAGAGGAGAGAGAGGAGAGAGAGGAAAAAAAUGAGAGAACUCUAAAAUAACUUUGUCUCUCUGAGCCCCACCUUUUUUGAGAAUAAGGAAACAGUACUUUUUCUAAUCUCGCCCAUUUCCGACUCCAGAUCUUCUGAACCCAGACGAUAAGGCAACUAAAGUUUUCUCCGUCAAAAAAUUCCAAAUCCCACUCGCUCUCUUUCUUAUCCAUUUCCAAUUUUCUGAUAUCCGAUCAGAAGCUGUCACCAUAACUCCAGAUGGGAUUUUCCAGCUAAGACCGCUGUUGAAAUAUCGUACACAUGGGCUGUCAAAACCCGACAACCAGAUUCAAGACUCAUCUGCUAUAACUUCUGCCCAGACCCAUUUCUUUCUUCUUGCUCUUGGAGAUCUAUACAUGUUAACGGUGUCUGGGUUCCGGGAAGGGUGUGUAGCUUCUGGGAAUUGGCUUCUGAGCUUGGAACAUCAGCAGAAACUGGAAUUGAAACUGGGUUUGGUUCUGGUUUUGGAUCUAGAACUGACGAAUGUUUCAAUUGUCGGAUGGUUUGGAUGAGACAUGUGAAGUAUGGUGUCAUCUGGGUUAUUGAAGUUCGUCUCACCCUGUUGGAAGCCUUCUCUCGAGGAUGAUGAUGCAAGCGGACGAGCCAAGGGCUUGUUGUGGUAUAAAAAUUCAGGGCACCAUGUUAAUGGGGAAUUCUCUAUGGCGGUAAUUCAAGCCAACAAUUUGUUGGAAGAUCAGAGCCAACUUGAAUCGGGACCUUUGAGUUCAAUUGAUUCAGGCCCUCAAGGGACUUUUGUCGGAAUUUACGAUGGCCAUGGCGGUCCUGAGACGUCUAGGUUCAUAAACGACCGUCUGUUCAACAAUCUCAAGACUAUGUAUGGUGCAGACUUUGCAUCGGAUAGUCGGAGUAUAUCAGCUGAUGUUAUCAGAAAAGCAUUCUCGGCGACAGAAGAGGAAUUCCUGUCUCUGGUGAAGAAGCAAUGGCUGAACAAGCCACAGAUUGCGUCAGUUGGGUCAUGUUGUUUGGUGGGGAUCAUCUGUAGUGGAGUAGUGUUUAUUGCAAAUGCUGGAGAUUCCAGGGCUGUGUUAGGGAGAUCAGAGAAGUCCAUCGGAGAGGUCACAGCCAUUCAAUUGUCUACAGAGCACAACGCCAGUUAUCCGUCUGUGAGGGAAGAGCUGCGUUCAAUGCAUCCCGAUGAUACACAGAUUGUGGUUCGAAAACACAAUGUUUGGCGUGUCAAGGGUCUCAUUCAGGUUUCUAGAUCCAUUGGUGAUGCCUAUCUUAAGAAGGCAGAGUUCAAUAAAGAACCUCUGUUGGCUAGAUUUAGACUGCCCAAGCCAUUCUGCAAACCUAUCCUGAGUGCUGAGCCAUCAAUACUGGAGCAGAAACUCUACCCAGAAGACCAGUUUCUCAUAUUUGCAUCUGACGGUUUGUGGGAGCACCUCAGCAAUCAGGAAGCUGUUGACAUUGUCCACAAUUAUCCACGCAAUGGAAUUGCAAAAAGAUUAAUCAAAAUUGCACUCCACGAAGCUGCAAAAAAGAGAGAGAUGAGGUACUCAGACCUGAAAAAGAUUGAACGAGGGGUGAGGAGACAUUUUCAUGAUGAUAUCACAGUCAUAGUACUGUUUCUAGACCACCAUCUAAUCAGUAGGAACUCCAGCCGUGGUCCACCUCUUUCGAUUAAGGGAGCUGGGGGAGUCUAACUUCUACUCCUGGUCCAAGAGGUUCCAGACCAGAUAUAGGCCUAGCAAACCUCUGUCACCCUCAUUUAUAUCAGAAAAUAAGGGGAAAAGUGUUCUUAUUUGAAGUUGAAGCUCCCCCAAACAUUUCUUCAUCAGACUCUUACAAAGAGAAGAUGGAGUUGGGAAUUGCCUUGGGAAGAAAAGUUGUGCUUUUUAUUUGUAAAAGCUGCCUGACAAACUGGCAAACUUGAACCCAAAAAGAAAAAAAAAAUUUCAAUUCAACAACUCUAGUUUGGAUAAAAGACUCAAACCCAGGAAAUAUGAUGAUCAGGAUCAACACGUAUCAAGAGACAAGGAGUGUUGUUUUGUGAUUUGUGAAACCAUGCCCUAAUUGCACUAGAAUAUGGCUACUAAAUGAUAAAAACACAAGAGAGAGGCCCAAUUUGUGUUGCAAAGUGAAAGAUGCUUGUGCAUUGCAAGAUUGGCAGUUUUUUUA